AUGUCUUGUAAAAAAAAGAGACUUUCAUCAGGUCAAAGUAUAAUGUCAUUCUUCAAACAGAAGCCUUCUACGUCUACUGAUAUAGUUAUUGUUGAACAAGAAACAUUAAACACCAAUUCAAAUUCCGUGGCAUCACCAAAUCAAACUUUUGAUGAAGUCAUUAAAAACAUUGAAGUUAUACAUGAUAAUUACAUAACUGCAGGGUUUAAUGAAAAAAUUCAAACUGACAACUCAGAUAUGAUGGAAAUUGAAAAUAAUUUAUUGCCAAGUUCAAGUAUUGCAGUACAUGUAGAUGAUGCACCCAAAACAGAGGGGUUUAAUGACAAAAUUCAAACUGACAACUCAGAUGUGAUGGAAAUUGAAAAUAAUUUAUUGCCAAGUUCAAGUAUUGCAGUACAUGUAGAUGAUGCACCCAAAACAGAGGUAUUUGCAAAUGAUCCAGCGUCUAUACCAUUAGUUAUAUCGGAUGAAAUGUUGCAUUAUUAUAUGUCCCUUGGUCCUUGUCAGCCAAAUGCUAAUGAUUUAUUAAAUAAUACAUUUCCCAAGACAUAUGAAGAAAGUGGUCAUAUUAGAAAUGACCGAAUUGAUCUGAAACUCAUUGAAAAUGCAAAUCGUCAGGUGGCUGACAAUCGAGAACUUUUAAGACAGAUUAUUGAUGCCCUUAUUUAUAUUGGAAGACAAAAUAUAUCUUUAAGAGGUCAUCGUGAAGGCAUUGAUUCAAAUAACAGAGGAAAUUUUUUGGAAUUAAAUCGACUAACUUUUUUGUCUAAUGUCACCCAAAAUCAUUUAUUAAACAUUAUAUCAGAAGUAAUAAGAUUUAAAAUAUUAAAUGAAGUUAAAAGAUCUGGACAGUUUGCUGUGAUAAUUGAUACAACGACUGAUGUUAGUAAUUUAGAACAAUUCACAUUUAUUCUUAGGUAUGUAAACGAAGAAGGUCUUGUUCAAGAACGACUGGUUUCAUUAGUAACUGCAUCAGAUGCAACUGGACUGGGUAUGUUUGAAGUAUUUUGUGAAAUAACUAACAAAUAUAAUAUUGAGUGGAAGACACAAUUGAUAGCUCAAGCAUAUGAUGGUGCUGCAUCUAUGCAGGGACAGUAUUCUGGUUUGAAAACCAGAAUACAAAAUGAAAAUCCAAAUGCCAUAUAUAUUUGGUGUUGUGCGCAUUUAUUCAAUCUAGUAGUGGUUGAUACAUGUGACUGUUGUAUUGUCUCAAAACGUUUUUUUGGUGAUAUUGGAUGUUUUGUUGAGUUUAUGAGGGCUAGAAAACGAACAGCUAUUUUUGUUAAAUGGCAAGAACAAUUAUAUCCUAAUGAUCGUUUACGUCGAAUGAAGCGAUUUUCCACUACACGAUGGACAUCUCAUGACAGGGUAUUAAUUGUUAUUAAUGAAAAAUAUUCUGCACUAUUGGAGACAUUAGAAGAAAUUUCUGAUGCAAAUAAUUCAGACCGCGAAGCUGCCUCAACUGCUGAAAAUCUUUUAAGUAAAAUAACAUCAUUUCAAUUUAUUUUAAUGAUGUUAUUUUUUAGAAAAUUAUUUGCCAUCACGUCUGAAGUGUCAAGAUAUCUACAAUCAAAGGAAAUUGAUUUUGUGCAGGCAAUUAAUUUAAUAGAUAUUGCAAAAAAUCGUUUAAUAGAUAUGAGAACAGAACAAGACUGUAAAGAUUUAAUUGACCAGGCAAAAUUAUUUUCAAAUAAAAAUGAUCUUAAUGAAACAGAUUUUCCUCAGGUAAGACCGAGGAGAAAAAAAAUUAUGGCUGGAGAACAAGCUAGAGAUGAGCUUUUAUCUUCACCUGUAGAUAAUUUUAGGACUGGGGUUUUUUAUAGAAUUUUGGAUACAGUAAUUUCAUCUAUUGAAAAUCGAUUUUCUGAAUCUAGAAAUAUACUUAAAGAUUUUACAUUACUUUCACCUGAACGUUUAAGGUUGAUAAAGAAUGAAAACGAUUUACCUAGUGAUGCCUUUAAAGCCAUUUCCAACUGGAUUUCAAUAGAUCUCACUCAACUAAAAAUUGAAUAUGUUACAUUUAGUAAAAGUUUAGAUAAAUUGCUUAAUGGUAUGAAUAUAAACAUGAUGUAUCAAAACCUUAACAAUCAUACAAGUGAUUUUGAUUCGGAGAAUGAUAGCGAAAACAGUGAAAAUGAUGUUGAAACUUCAGAAAAUAAAAUAACUUGCCUGCAAAUCCUGAAAAUUUUAUCCAGUUAUGACCUUAGAAAUGCAUUUCCAAAUUUGUUUAAAACAUAUAAAGCACUUGGAACCAUUCCUGUAUCUUCAGCAUCUGCAGAAAGAAGCUUUUCUAAGGUAAAGCUUAUUAAGACUAGACUUCGGUCAACAACUGGUCAGAAUCGGUUGGAAAGUUUGUUAAUGUUAAGCAUGGAGAGAGAUGUGCCAAUAAAUCACCAAGAAGUUAUUGAUAAGUUUGCUCAAACAUCAACUUUGUUAAAAAAAAAUUUAAUGUUUAAAUAACAAACUUAUAUACUUUGCUGUUAUAUAUACUUAGAUAAUUUUCAUCUUA